AGUACUAUUUUUUUUUAUUUAUUUCCAGUUUUCAUCAUCAUCAGUUCUCUCAAUUCGCCUAUUGAAUCCCCUGCUCUGAUGAUCGAAGCAGGGGCGCUCAGAUUGAACAUCGUCAUCGGCUUCGAGGAAUUGUUCUGGCGGCGGUUUCGUCUAUGGAGGCUUCGUAUUACGCACAAACUCGCAAUCGCCGCCGGGAUUUGCCGCAUCAAGCCGCCCUAGGGUUUCCACUCUCUUCGGCGUUUCUGCUGGUCCUCGUUUUCGGCGUGAGCGCUGCUGUAAUCUGCUGCUAUUACUACUGGGAUAAACUCUCGUUCCUCCGCCGCUCUCCCCUCCCUGUCCCCUCCGAUCUCGCGGAUUCUCCCGGCGUUGAUUUUGGCCGCUGGGAGCUGAACGUUCUUCCCCAGGAGAAGCAAAAUCUUGGGCAGAGCUUGCCGGUGUUAAUGCCCGGAGAUGAAGUGCCGAAGUUCAUUGCGUUGCCGUGCCCGUGUCGGCCGCCGAGGUCACUCUAGCUGCCGCCACCACAACCAACCACUCCAUGGGACUGAAAUACCCUCCAUUAUGAUUACUCCAUAAUUUCUUUAAUUUUGAGGAAAAAAGGGCUAAGCUGUUUGGCUUGCCAAGAUAAAUACUUGUACAAUAUUAUUAACGCGAUUUCCAUGACAUUGGAACCUCAUAUCAUGGGAUGACCUGGAGUGCUACGGUGUCCCGUUCAUAAAAUUGACGAUUUAUAUACCCUAAUCCCCAUGUAAACCCUGCCCCGAAUACACCCUCCCACCCCCCUUCAAUUGCACCCCGCAAGUUAAUUUUGACUUUGAAGUAACUCUCUAAAGUCAAAAUUAACUUGGAGGUGCAAU